AUUCCCCUGGAGGUGGCAUUGUUAACGGCAGUAGGAGCUGGACCAAACUCAACAUCCUGCAAUGUAACCCCACUCCUGCUGGACUGGUAUGACCUGGACGACGAAUUAAUCAUGGUUCUGGAGAGACCCGUCCCCUGCAUGGACCUGAUUGAUUACAUUGACCAGAUGGAUACCCUCAUUGACGAGCAAGAAGUUCUACCUCUACAGAGACAGCUGGUGAAUGCAGCCUUGGAGAUGCAUUCAAAAGGAGUUUUCCAUCGGGACAUAAAGCUGGACAACGUUCUUAUUGAAACAGGUUCUGAUGUCCCGAGGCUAAGAUUCAUUGACUUUGGCUGUGGAACAACAGAGAUAGAUGCAGUGCACACUGUGGAACAAGGGACUUUAUCGUACACUUCCCCGGAAUGGUUUAGGCUUCGAAGAUACAUGGCAGGUCCCACAACAGUGUGGCAGAUGGGGGUGGUGCUGUAUGGCUUACUGCACCUGCGACUCCCUUUUGGCAAUCCCCGGGAGAUCAUCUACUGCAAUCCCCUAAUUCGAGCUGACCUUUCUAAUGAAUGCAAGGACUUUUUGAGGAGGUGUCUGGCCAAACGCCCAGAGGAUCGACUUCCCUUGGAGACUCUUCCAGAUCACCCUUGGCUGAGAUCGCCCGACAACACAUGA